AUGUUCCGCUUCGGCUCAAGAAAAGCUAACAGACAGGAAUACAGGUGCACCGUGCGGCUCCUAGACGAUGACGAACCUCCCAUCAAUUGUGACUUUCAGCAUGUGUGCUUAGGCCAAUACGUCCUCGACUUCGUAUGCUCGAGCAUAGGAUUGCUCGAGAAGGACCUCUUUGGCUUACGCUAUGUCGACUCUCACAACCAGAGGAGGUGGCUUGACCUAUCCAAACCUGUUCUAAAGCAGGUGAAAGAUAUUCGGAAUGUCGUCUUUUGCUUCAGAGUCAAAUUCUAUCCUCCGAAUCCGCUGGAUCUCAAGGAGGAUUCCACGAGAUACCAAGUCUAUCUCCAGCUGAAGAGAGAUUUGAGCCAUGGACGUCUCAACUGCACGCAGAGCGAAGCUGCGCUCAUGGUAGCUUAUGUGAAGCAAGCUGAACUCGGAGACCACGAGGCGCCGUCGAAUCAAGGGGACGCACGAGCUUCGAGCGAGAGCGGGGACGAAGCACAGUCGGCAUUCAGUGCGAGAAUUCUGCCAAAACAUUCCCAGGAAAUCGAGUCUCGAGUGGAUCGUAUACACGAGACACUGAAGGGCGUGUCGGCCACGGACGCCCAGGAUUUCUUCCUGAAGCGCGCAGCUACUUUGGAAAGCUAUGGCAUUGAUCCGCAUCCAGUCAAAGACGAACACAAUACGCAGCUAUACAUCGGUGUCAACUACUUGGGCGUAAUGACGUUCCGGGCCGGCAAGAGGGACCUUCAUAUCAGAUUCGACGACCUCGUUAAGUUCAACUACGAGGGGAAGAUGUUCAUUCUUCAUGUCAUGACAGCCGGAUCGAAUCGUAAACAGGUCAUAGGCUUCCGGUGUCCCACGCAAGCAGCCUGUCAAUACCUAUUUGCUUGUGCUAAUGAAAUCCGAUGUUUCUACACGAGCAUCCCACCACUCGUGUCGAAAAAGAACACGCUUUCCCGCGCCAUGUCCAUCCUGAAGAAACGCGAGAAUUCCGUUGCGUCUCUAGCACCAUCCCAGAUGAAUCUUGCGCCGAACAACCUUAAUUUCAACAAAAGCGGUCUAUCCGAUCAUCGCGAAGAUAAUUGCAAGACCGAGGUCCGCGGAGCCUCUGAUAUCGACUCAUUGAUGGCGCAUUCUGAAGACGAGGAUGAACUGAAAGGACAGCUCAAAACACCGCUAAUCACACCCACCGUGGACGCUACGCCAACGAAGCAAAACUCGAAGGAAAACGGCGACGUAUUCCAGAGCACCAAUGUAUACGGACCCGUCGACUCACCGAUCGCAGAGCAUCCCGAAUACACCAUCCUGGAGUGUCAGUCGAGCUCAUCAAUACUCCGUCACGCUCAGAUGCUGGCCUUCACGGCGCUUGUCAUGCUCCUGAUCAUCAGCGUCACCGCUAUCGCAGUUAUGGAGAGCGAUUCUGCCCUCUUCGAGGAGGUCAAAUCAUGGCCACCACUGGUGAUCCUCCGACGCGAAUAUUAUCAUCCAGUUAAGAGCUUUAUCAGCGGCCGAAUGUCUUUUGACUACUGA